CCCCGCCUACAAAAUUCAGCUGACAUGCAACCCAAAGCCAUCAAAACAUGCAUUUUCUCCUCCAACUCUUAAUCCCCUCCAAACCCAAACCAUUAACAAACCCUCUCCUCCUCAAAUCCCUCACAACCUCAACACUCCCUCAAACCCCAUCAUCGUCGUCAUCAUCCCCCAUUCUCAAUCGCCAACCCAACCCCCUCUUCUUCCCCUACAAGACCCUCUUCUUCCACCUCAAGUCAUCUCCCGACCUCCAAGAAACCAGAAAGCUGCAUGCCCUUGUCAUAGCCCAUGGCCACCUCCACCAAAACUUCAGCCCGGUCUUAGGAUCUCAACUUGUGCACACCUACAUUUGCCUCAACAGUCUCCAAGAAGCCCUUUUGGUCUUUCACCAUUUGCCCAUAAAGAACUCCUUUGCAUGGAAUUCAGUCCUCAAGGGUCUUGUCGAUGUGGGUCACUUCUGUGAUGCACUGCGUUUGUAUCAUAGCAUGAUGAGUGAAGGGCUUGUGGCUGAUAAUUUCACAUACCCGUUAGUCCUUAGAGCCUGUUCUGGCUUGUGUGAUGUUGAACAAGGCGGGAUUGUGGAGAAAUCCAUCGAAUUUGAUCGAAUUCAUCGCGGCUUGGAGCCUAAUGUUUAUACAAAGUGUGCACUUUUGGAUAUGUAUGCGAAAUGCGGUAGAUUGAUGGAAGCUCGGAGGGUGUUUGAUGGAAUGCCGGUAAAAGAUAUGGUCUUGUGGGGAGCGAUAAUUUGUGGAACAAUGCAGAGUGGAGAUUGGAUGGAGGCAAUGAGUUUAUUUAGAAGGAUGAGGUGGGAAGGGUUUAGGCUUGAUUCGGUGAUAGUGGCGAUGGUUAUUCCGGCUUGUGGUAAACUUGGAACCCUAGAAUUGGGUAUGGGUUUGCACUGUUGCGCUAUGAGAAGUGGAUUUGUCGACGAUCUUUAUGUUUCGAAUGCUUUGAUUGAUAUGUAUGCAAAAUGUGGGCAUACUCAUGUAGCUUCUUGUAUUUUUCAGUGUAUGGAGUUCAAGGAUGUGGUCUCUUGGAGUAGUUUAAUUGCGGGAUACUCACAAAAUUGUGAACAUAGAAGGAGCAUAGAUUUGUUCAUGGAGAUGGUAGAAAAUGGAAUGAGUCCAAGCUCAGUUACUCUAGCUAGUGUUCUUCCUAGUUUGGCAGAACUCAAAUUGAUGAAACAAGCAAAAGAGAUUCAUAGUUAUGUGAUAAGGCAUGGGUUCGAGCUGGAUAGUUUUGUCGCAAGUGCACUGUUGGAUCUUUACUGCAAAUGUCAAUCAAUAAAAGAAGCUGAAUUUAUUUUCGAUAUCAUGUUUCGUAGAGACAUUGCUAUAGCCAACUCUAUGAUCACAGGCUAUGCCCUUAGUGGAGAUAUGGAGUCUGCCUUGAGAACAUUACAAAGAAUCAGAAAAAUUGGAUUGAGACCAAAUUCUGUUACAAUUGUGACCGUACUUCCACUCUGCAAUCGCCUUACAAUGCUGAACCACGGGAAGGAACUCCACGGUUAUGUACUGCGAGGUGCUUUAGAUUCUGAAAUUUCUGUAAAUAAUUCAUUAAUUGAUAUGUACUGCAAGUGUGGAUACCUUGAACAUGGAAAGAGAGUUUUCGAGCAGAUGAUUGUUAGAGACAUUAUAACUUAUAACACUGUAAUUGGUGCAUUCGGAAUGCACGGGCUUGGCGACCAAGCAAUCUUAUUCUUCCAACUCAUGAAGGAGGAGAGAGUUCAUCCGGAUAGAGUAACAUUUAUAGCAUUAUUAUCAGCUUGUAGCCAUUCCGGUCUCAUUGAGAAGGGCUUAUACUUCAACGAUUCCAUGAGAAGAGACUAUGGUAUAGUUCCAGAUAUGGAGCAUUACUCCUGUAUGGUUGAUCUCUAUGGCAGAGCUGGGUACUUAGACGAUGCAUGGAAUUUUAUCAAAAAAAUGCCAAUGGAGCCUGGAAUCGAUGUGUUGGGAAGCUUAUUAGGAGCUUGUCGUGUUCGUCAAAGGAUCGAUCUCGCUGAGCUCAUAUCGAACCGAAUUUUUGAGAAGAAACUAGAAGAUCCAGGGUAUUAUGUUCUUAUGUCCAAUAUGUAUGCUGAUGCUAAGAGAUGGGAAGAUGUGAAGAAGGUUAGAGCAGUUGUGAAAGAGAAGGGGUUGAUGAAGAAACCCGGCAUUAGCUGGAUACAAAUUGGAUGGCAUGUUCAUUCAUUCCUUGCACGAGAUAGGUCACACCCACAAUUUGAUAAAAUGUGCCAGAUCAUGGUUGUCUUGAUCCUAGAUAUGAAGGAUGAGGGAUAUGUUCCAGGCAUAAGAUAUUUGUAUAAUUUAGGAGGAGGGGAUGAGGAUAUAGGUGUAACAGAAAUAACACUGUAAUAUUGAUGAUUUUGCCCCACUUCAUAAAGCUAUAAA